AUGUCGGCCAUCGGACAAGCUGAGGUGGACAGGCGCAUCGCUGUUGCGAUGAGAGAAGCGAAAGAGGAUACCCUGCGUCUGCCUGAAGCCCAGAACAGUACCGCAACCCAGCAGGCCGGCAGCCAGCCGAAAAUAACGAAGUAUGAUAAACAAGUGGCUACCGUGCUUGACGUUGUUAGACCCCUUGAGUGGGCUCUUGAAAAUGGACAACCCGUCGAACGUAGGAUCAAAAGCAGAGAGUCGAUCACUGCAGCUUUACUUUACCGCCGAGGAGUGGAGGUCGCGAGAUGCGUGCGGUGCCAGACAAAAGGUCCUUUUGUCAGGUGCGUGAUUUCGCCUAGCUUUGGUGGCCGUGCCCUGCACAGGGCGGCUUGUGCAAAUUGCAUUUUUUAUCACCAAGGAACGUACUGUGAGCACAGGUUGAAGUUCGAGAAGUCCAAGGGUGAUAUGUGGGCCGAGGCGGACACACAACUCGUUCUUCCAAACGGAGGCUUGCGGCAAACGCUACAGCUCAUUGGUGAGGAUGGAUUCGACUUUUUGCGCGUUAAUGAUGAAGAUUCCGCCUCCGAGGCCCAGGAAUUGGGCGAAACAAGUGCUCUUAAUGACUCAUCUCCAGCUCAUCAAUCGGAAGACACUGCGCUCAGUGACACCAUUCAUUCAUCGGAAGAGCAGGGUAACCUGCCAACGGGCGCCACAAACAGCGGCAGCGAAGAUGAAGCCGAAGUUUACCAGGCGGCAGAUCCCUCGUUGUCCGACCCCUCUGCCAACGAGACUGAUUCGUCGGCAGAGGGGUGGUGGUGUCGGUUUCUCUACUCGGCAGAAAUGCCAGCAGAUGACUGUGACACUUUGCCACAGUCGUCCGCCACGCAAAUCAGAGAAGAGAUCUGCUCAUACCCUCCGGCCGGCGAUUGCCCUUUGGCUUUGGUGCUUGAAGACGCUGAGUACAGCAUCGAACACGAGCCUCAAAAGAACAAGCAGGAAUAA